CCCAUUUAACUAAAACACGGAACAAGGAAACACCUGAUCCCGAUGUUCAUCUUUCACUGACUCUCAUAUCACUCGUUUUCCUCUGACAACAAUACGUCCCAGACUUCACAGAUACCAACUGAAUGUAUGUGCGUUUUGUUCAGAUCUCAUCAUAGGACAAUGUCUGAGGGUAAAACAGUCACUUCCAAGGCUGUCGAGCUGGAGGCCCCAGAACUAGGACCAGAGACCCAGUCCUCCUCUCGUCUGGCCCCGACCCAGUUCUCCCCUCAGCCCCAGAGCAACCAGCCGCCCCAGAGCAACCAGCCGCCCCAGAGCAACCAGCCGCCCCAGAGCAACCAGCCGCCCCAGAGUCAACCUGACCCCCAGAGCAACCAGCUGCACCAGAGUCAACCUGACCCCCAGAGCAACCAGCCGCCCCAGAGCAACCAGCCGCCCCAGAGCAACCAGCCGCCCCAGAGUCAACCUGACCCCCAGAGCAACCAGCCGCACCAGAGCAACCAGCCGCACCAGAGUCAACCUGACCCCCAGAGCAACCAGCCGCACCAGAGUCAACCUGACCCCCAGAGCAACCAGCCGCCCCAGAGCAACCAGCCACCCCAGAGUCAACCUGACCCCCAGAGCAACCAGCCGCACCAGAGUCAACCUGACCCCCAGAGCAACCAGCCGCCCCAGAGUCAACCUGACCCCCAGAGCAACCAGCCGCCCCAGAGCAACCAGCCGCCCCAGAGCAACCAGCCGCCCCAGAGUCAACCUGACCCCCAGAGCAACCAGGUCCCGGAGAGUGGUCAUCCCGAGGUAGAGACAGAGGAGAGAGGGUCUGCUGCCCCUUCACCUGAUACUGGAGCUGGAGCUAGGGAUGGAGGUGGAGCUAGGGAUGGAGCUGGACCCGGGGCCAAGGGGAACCGUUGGACUUCUGCACUAAAUCAGUUCAAACUCAAGAGGUUCUUUGUUUUGAGGCCUGGGACCCUGGACCAAGCCCUGGAAGACACCAAGGCUCUGAUCAAUCAGGAGGACGGAGCUGUCCACGGUGUCUGGCUCAUGGUUGAGGUUGACCAUUGGAACAACGAGAAAGAGCGUGUAGUUCUGAUCACAGACAACUCCCUGCUGGUCUGUAAGUACGACUUCGUCAUGCUCAACAUUGAGCAGAUACAGAAAAUCCCUCUCAACUUCAUAGACCGCAUCUCCCAUGGCAACUUCAGCUUCCCUCAGCGGUCUCUCCUCACGAGAGAAGGAGAGGGUGUGCGUGUGUUCUGGAACCGGCUAAGGGAACCCUCAUUCUCGUCUCGGUGGAACCCAUUCGCUACAGACUACCCAUUCAACACCUUUACCUAUCACCCUGUCAGGAACAUAGACCACCGGUUCACUGCUCUCUGUGAGAUCCAGAGUUUCCGUGAGCAGCUGAUGGAGGCAGCCCAGAAGGCCCACCUAAAGACACCCGUCCCUGGGAAGGCCAACGGGGUCCUGGUGCUGAACCAGCCCCUGCUCAUCGAGGCCUACGUGGGUCUCAUGUCCUAUAUCGGUAACAAGAACAAACUGGGGUACAGUCUGGCACGGGGAAACGUUGGGUUUUAAACCAGGAUUUGGCUUUGUGCUUUUUAAUGUACAAUACUACUUCAUUACUUAACCCUAUUUUACAGUUGUGGCCGAGUUACAGAUUUGAAGUAAUAUUGUAUAUUUUUUGUAUACAUCGUGUUUUAAAAGCUCUAGUGAGACAUUUUUAAAUGUAUAUUUGUACUUGAUUUGCUUCUGAAUACUUUGUUUACAUUUAUUUUGUCCGAUUUACAGAUUUUAAAUAGUAUUGUCUAUUUGUAUUUAAUAGUUCACAACAUGGAAGGAAAUGUUUUUACCCUCAUUUCAAAUGUGCUUUAGAGGUUAUUUGUUGGUUGGUUUUCUUGGCUUGUUCAACUACAGUCAGUCUGAAAUUGAAAUGUAUGUAGUUCUCUAUCAUUUGCAUUACCUAAAGGCUAAGGGAUAGUCUACUGUAAUUUCAUACACAAAUUACCAUGCCAAAUUGUUCCUGCCAUCACAGUCAAUAAAGUUUUCGCAUUACCAUC